AGCUACUCCUCCGCCCCAGCCUAUAAAUGCGGCAGGACCGGCUGGUCCAGACUCUACUUACUCCUAGACGACAGCACACAACUCAGCCUGGGCCCUGCUUCGUCGAGGAGGAGGAGGAAGGGGCUCCCUCUCAAACAGGGCCUUCACCCUUUCUCUGCUUCGGCCUAGAAGGAGUUAAACCGGUCGAGGGGGUCGCCUUUGGGGAGAUCUGUUAAGAGCCCUGCAGCUGCCUUCAAGGAAAAUACUAAGUGCUGCCUCUCUGUCCAGUUUCCCAUCAAGUAGAGAGAAACCAUGAGUGCUGCCAUGUCUUGGAUCCUUCCUUUGGGAUUAGUGCUUGUCCUAAGUGAAACCCAGGGGUUUUUCUUACCCAAUGCCACUCAUUUGGAGAAGCUUCUGAGCAAAUAUCAGAAUGAUCAGCCUCAUUCCAGAGCCAGGAGAGCCAUCGCCAGGUCAGACAAAGAAGAGAUAUUGAUGCUCCACAACAAGCUGAGAGGCCAGGUCUACCCGUCGGCAUCAAAUAUGGAAUACAUGACCUGGGAUGAUGAGUUGGAGAAGUCGGCAGAAGCCUGGGCCCAUGAAUGCAUCUGGGAACAUGGACCCACUACUCUACUGAUGUCCAUUGGACAGAAUCUAGCAGUUCACUGGGGCAGGUACCGUUCUCCUGGCUUCCAUGUCCAGUCUUGGUACGAUGAAGUUAAAGAUUAUACCUACCCAUACCCCCAUGAGUGUAAUCCCUGGUGUCCAGAGAGAUGCUCUGGGACCAUGUGCACUCAUUAUACCCAGAUAGUUUGGGCCACUACCAACAAGGUUGGCUGUGCUGUGAACACCUGCAGGAGGAUGAACGUGUGGGGAGAAGUGUGGGAGAAUGCUGUCUACCUCGUCUGCAAUUAUUCCCCAAAGGGGAACUGGAUUGGAGAAGCUCCUUAUAAAAACGGCCGUCCUUGCUCAGCGUGCCCACCCAGCUACGGAGGCAGCUGCAAGAACAACCUGUGUUACCGAGACGAGACCUAUGGUCAAAACCCAGAGACAGACGAGACGAAUGAAGUCGAGGUGGCUCAGAUUCCCGAGGAAAAACAUGUGUGGAUCCAAGAGAAGGUAACCAAACCCACGAAGCCCAGGAAAACCACUGUGGACAAUUACAUGGCACAAGUCAUUAAGUGUGAAACCAAAAUGAGGGACAAAUGCAAAGGUUCAACUUGCAACAGGUACCAGUGUCCAGCAGGCUGCCUGAACAACAAGGCAAAGAUCUUUGGAACUCUUUUUUAUGAAAGUUCAUCCAGCAUUUGCCGGGCAGCAAUUCAUUACGGGGUCAUAGAUGACAAAGGAGGUCUGGUAGAUAUCACCCGAAGGGGCAGAGUCCCCUUUUUUGUGAAGUCUGAAAGGAAUGGAAUUGAAUCUUCUAGUAAAUACAAGUCUUCCAACUCCUUCAUGGUUUCCAAAGUUACAGUGCAGACUCUGGAUUGUUACAGUACGGUGGCGGAACUGUGUCAGUUUGACAAACCAGGAACCCAUUGCCCAAGAAUUUACUGUCCAGCUCACUGCAAAAAUGAACCAUCCUAUUGGGCCCCAGUGUUCGGCACCAACAUUUAUGCAGAUAAUUCUAGUGUUUGCAAGACAGCAGUGCACGCUGGAGUCAUUAAAGAUGAAACUGGAGGGUACGUCGAUGUGAUGCCCGUAGAUAAGAAGAAGAUUUAUGUCGGUUCAAUGAGGAAUGGCAUUCAGUCUGAAAGCUUGAGGACUCCUCGUGAUGGGAAGGCUUUCCGAAUCUUCGCGGUGAAGCAGUAGACCUCCAGGGCCAGCAAAGAAGUGCGCUUCUUCAGGAGACUGAUUUUCUUAAAACUCUUUUUGUUUUUGUUUUUGCAAGUUGGAGAGGCAGGAAACUUAUCAAAUGGCAUUGGCUAUGGCAUCCGGUCUGAGCAAACCCGCCCCAUUCAUCUCCUUUAUGGAGAACCACCCAGGUUUUAGCAGCUGCCCACAUCUCAUCUCCACCAGUUCAGCAUCUCUGUUUCUCCCCGGGACAUCCGGCAUUCAGAGGGAAGGCGCCUAACCCAAGCCAUCAGCACUUCCGAACGUGGGCAUCCCUUGGUGACACCCUGGGACUGCUGCCAAUGCUCAGGUGGCCUGUUAAUAGGAGGCUACCUCAAAUCUCUGGCAAGCCAACCACCCCCUGAUAUGGAAGUCAGGCACCUCAGAAACAGAAAGAGAGGAAUUUUCUCACAGCUUCAUGUGUGUUGGGGGAUGAGGGUGGGAAAUGGGGGACAGGGCAGAGGGAUGGUUUUGUAGAAUGUGGUUUGGGAUGAAAUGGUUUAUCGUUUGGUUCAGGCCAGCUCAGCUGGUGAGUUCAGGGUGAUAUGGCAGGUUAUAUUGUGGGUGAGAGGGAUCGAGUCAGGCAGGAUGAAGAAUGCGGUGUGCGGAAUCGUAAACACAGGAGCUCUACCAAUGGAGAAAUGUGGGAUUAAGUGUUUGCUGGUCAAACAAUCUGUAGGGAAUAAGAGGCCUGAGUUACCUGUGGGAAAAUGAAGGAAUAAGGUUCCUGUUCUGGCACAUCUCCAUGGUACAGCACACAACCGGUUGUUGUUUUUAACAACCCAAUGCAGUUUAUUCUAUACAGCAGUGCUGGUUUUAUCUAGUUAAGCAAUGAUCCAAAAGAUCGAUGUUAUUUUGUCAUUCAUUUCAUUCAUGUGAAGUACGUUCGUUUUUCUCUUAUGUCUUUUUGUCGAGGGUUGGGGCUGAUGGACUUCUUUAGAGCUCAAACUUCAUUUGCCAGACCCUGAUUUCCAACAUUGGUGCAUCUGUGAGUGGUAUCCAAGAUUGAUCUUUUUGUAAGAUAUGGGAUUUGAAAUGGAUUUUUUUUAUAAUCCUCAGGAUCUUUAGGCUCUACUUGGAUCUUUAAGAUCUUCAUAAACAUUUUUUUUUUCAUGGGUUGGAUUUAAUUACAAUCAGGCAAGAAAAACUUGAUCUAUCUAAAUGUCCUUUUAGAGGAUAUGCACAGAUGUCCCAGCUUUGUGCUCACAAAUUCAUCCUUGGUUUUAAUAGCUGAGUUAUAGAGGGUAACCCAUGUGAAAUAUUUCCUACCUGGCUAGAUCUGGCUCCAAGAAACAGCAUUUGUCAAAGUUUCAAGGCUCAGGAGAACCCUGGGUCACACUAGUUUCUGUAAUAAUAAUGAUAGCAUUUAUUAAGUGCUUACUAUGUGCACAGCACUGUUCUAAGCGCUAGGG